UCCCAACAGAGGCUUUUCCCAUUAUCAUUUGACUCUGUUUGUUAUUGAAAUCUUCAUUUUUCAUUGACAAAAAAGUAGAUUAUGUCUGUAUCAUUAACUUGCUGGGGAUGUUUGAUUGUUGUUUUGAUGUAUAGUCAAUAUGAAUGAUAUUCUAUUGUGCAAGUGGAUAUAAGCUAAUAAUAUAUGAAUUGGAGUAGAGCUGAAAUUUCCUUCUUUAGAAAAAAAAAGAGCUAUUCGAAGCAUACGGACUGCUGCAAGUUGCCCACGUCUCAUCAGAUUUGGUCUUCAUGCUCCUAAAUUUGUACGUUCUUUCUAUUGAUUUUCUCCUCCUAUAUGUUCCUUUUUUUUCUUUGUAUAACAUUAUACCUAAUUCGAACAAAUUUGUGAUUGAGGUGUAAUUGAUUGAUGAAUUUAUCUGUCCUUUUACUAAUUUUGGGUCAAUGAUAAAUACUAAGAUUAAUAAAGUUUAUUUUUCUGUGGAUUUUCUGAGUGUAUUGGAAGGGCCCUUAGUGUAAUUGGUAAAGUUGCCUCCAUGUGACCUGGAGGUCAUGCCGUCAUGGGUUCAAACUGUAGAAACAACCUCUUGCCAAAAUGUUGGGUAAGAGUGCAUGCAAUAGAUCUUUGUGUUCCAGCCCUUUCACGAACCCCGUGCAUAGCGGAUGCUUAGUGCACCGGACUGCCCUUCUAUUAUUUGCUGAGUUUGUCCAUGUCUUCUCUUGGAAUUUUUAGUACCCAGAAUAUAGAAUUGUUGGGAUCGUUAAACUUUAAGUUUUGCUUAUGGUGUAGAAGACUUCAAGUUCUAUCUUUUCCUCAGUAUCAUUUUGAUGGAGUUAACUGGUAUUGUCUAGAAACAACAGUAGUAUCAUUACAAAGAUAAAUACUGUUGAAAAUGCACUUCAUAUCAGUUUGAGAGCUGAAUAUGUAGCCUCAAAGACCAAUGAAUUGGCGUACUGUCAAGAACUAUAUUAGCUAGAGUUAUCACCUCAUAAUCCCUUGAGAACAAUAAUUCAUACAAGUGUGCUUACUGAAAGUAUUAUACCUAAUAUUUUGUAAUAAAAUCAUUUGAGUCCUGCUUUUAGUUAAAAAUUUAUGCCAUUUUAUAACUUGUCUAACCAAAACUUACUAUAAAGCUUCCACUUGAAAAUAAUUUACCCAAAGAAUGGUUAUGGGUUUUAAGGACAGUAGUAUGAACAUACAUAUCUCUGUUUUCUAUCAAUUAGUAAUCUGUGGGUGGAGAGACUUAUUGAAAUGUCUUGGAUGCGUGCAAUUGCUAGUUUGCUACUGUAAAAUCAAUAAAUAGAACACCGAUGAUCUUUAAUAAAAAAUCUGUGAUGAUUAUGCUUGUAUGAGGAGCUUAGAGUACUUUGGAAAGUAUAAUUAGGAAAACUAAUGCUGGGCUUUGGGUUUGGACUUAAGGAGUAAGUUGUUUAACCCUCCUAUGACUCAAACUUGAGGAAACAGAUUGGGCUAAUUGUUUACAAAUGUACCCCCGUGGUAAAUAACCACUUUACUUUUUUACUUUGAAUUCAGUAAGUCACUUAACUUGCACUCUUCUUAGCAUUAUAUGCUUAGCCUUGAGGCAUAUGAACCUUCAGGCCAUCGUUGUGUAUUUUACUGAGAAUUGUAUUUUCUUCUAAUCUUGCCUGUUUCAAGUAUAACCUGAAUUACCGACACUUUUUGGGUUUAAAAUAGAUAACCAUGCCAAUUCUCUGAAGUGAUGAAGCAUUUCCUUUUUAUUAAUUGUGUUGCUAUAGAAUGAAUGCUACUAUAAUCAAGAAAAUUCAUGAACCAUAUUAAAUGGACUAAAGAUUUCAUUUAAGUACACAAUGUUGAUACUGAUUUGCCUCAUUUGGAAGCUGCUAUGCUGCUCUUUUGGGAAGUUCUCCAAUAUCUACUCUAAUUUAGUCCCUAAUGGUAGGUGUUUUGUACAUAUUCACUUCAACUUUUAGAAUAGAACUUGGGCUGACAUGUUGUUUGGUGAAUAUUCUAUAGGUAGAGGUGGAGUUGGACAAUGAUAGUGUGUACAAUUUGUCUGCUGAGUAUUUGAGAAUAUCUAGCCCAGCUGUUGAUAGUACAAUUAGACCAGUUGGUGGUGAGAAGGUCAUAUGUGGGAGGUGACACGCGCGGAUCACUUCUUCUAAACCUGUUGGAAUUAUGGGUUGAGGUAAUAAAAGCACAUUCUUUUGUCUUCAGUAUGGAGUCUCUUUUGCUUUUUGGGGAAUGUCAUCCAUUUGGUUCCAUCCAAGGUAAUUGUUUGAUGACUUGCAUAAGACUGGCAUUUUCAUGUGGGACUACCUCUACCAUCUUGGGAGCAACAAGCUCACUCUCAUGAGAGAUUACGUCAAAACUCUAAAGAAACAUGGACUUAGCCGGGAUCCUCCCAGAAGAAAGUGAGUGUUAAACACAUCCUGAACAUGCUAAUUGUACAUGGAUAAAAUACAGUAUUUAUGGUUAGAAGACAAUCUUCGCACAUGCACAAAGUGGCAGUAGCAGUACAGAAACAGACCCUAACAAAGUGACUAGCUUUUCAUAUAUUGUCAUAUGUGCACUCAAAUUUGUGGCAUUUUAUAAGCAAUGCAUAUUUGAUGUAUCCGAUGAAACUACAACGCACAAAAGCAGAAUUCCAGUUGAAACGAAAGAUACAAUGGAAGUUGCAUAUGACAUACAGUGCUUCCAAGUCCAUUCCCAGUUGGAGUGUUAAAAUAUCCAUUCCAUUGCAUGAAGUUUUGCACCUUUUCAAUCUCUGGUUUGUUUGCUGUUACUGUAGUAGUUGCAAGAAAGGAUGCAAAUGGGCAGGUUAAGCAACUCUGGACUGCUGAAACAGCAUGAGAUACGAAUGGGUGAUGCCCCGUUGAAGAUGAGGCAUGUAGAUGUUACGAAGACAAGCUUGAUGGGACGAUAGAGAAAAACAAUGAAUAUGACAAGGAAGAUACUAAUUUCUCUUGGGUCAUUAGUUUUGUUUCCAAAUUGUAUCUCAACUUUUGAAAUCGGUUAUUGAGAAACAAGAAAGGGGAAUAAAGAAGAUCUGAGAAUAAAUUUGGUGACUUGUGUUCUCAUAUCAUUGCCUCUUCUUUACGUAUUGAACAGAAAUCCUCUAUGAGACCUCCAUAUCCAGCAAUUUUAACAUCCAAUAUCUUAUUAAUUCAAAGCAAAGUAAUACAGCUUUGCAUAUACUUUCUUCCUUUAUUAUUACUAUUACUUUUUGCAAACAGAAAUUCUUGAAACUAUUUCUAAUGAUGCAGACAUCGACCAACAUAUUGCUGAUCAGUCACUGCACUGUUUAGAUUUUUGUAAGUGCAAAAUUAGAAUGUUGUUAGCAUGUGAAAAAAUAGCAAUUGAACUAUAGUAGUUGCUAAUAAUAGCAUUUUUUUUGGGUCCAGCCAUUUGAGAUGGCUCUUUCACUUCUGGUAAAUUUCAGAUGCUUUUCUAUGCUACUCUUUUUCACUUGAAAAUAUGACAUUAUAACAACUGGUGGUUCAGUCAGUUGCAUUUGUUUGUUGCAAAUCACAUGACAUUUGAGAAACAAAAAGGCACAACCUUGCGUUUUCUUGUGCUUGCUAUGCAAUAUGAGCUCCACAUAGAAGUGCAGUCCUUUAAUAUGAUGAUCACAAAUCUACCUAAACACACAUAAAACGUCAUCUUACUCGUAAUGUAUUUGGAUUAUUUGCAAACUAUAUACAUUACAACAUAAUAUCAAAAUCAUCUGCCACUUGAAAUUUUCCAAAACAAUUUAAACUUUGAAGUAUGAACGAUAAGGCCCCACCUUCUACUGAAAAAGACCUAAACUUUCUGUCUUGGUCAAGUAAGCAGAAUUAACUUUUUUCCUUUUUGCCUCAGCAAGCAGGGGGCCUACACCUUUAAACAACGUUUCUCUUUUACACUUUUUUCCAUUUGAAUUUCAAAUUUAAAUGCCCAGAGAUCCAUAAAAAGUUUGUGUGUAUGUGUGAGAGAGAAAAUUUACAUGCUAUAAUUAUUAAGGGAGAGAAAACAACAACAACAGAACAAUAAUCCUAGUAAUAUUUUCUAGUAACAUUCUUUAGUACUGUUUCAGGUUCCUCAGUUUGUUUUGUUGUUUGUCCUGUAAUGGGAGAUUCAUCUUGUCUUAUGCAUGCCUUCUCUUAUGCUUCUGCAUUACCACCUAAUGAAGCUAAACAGGGCAACCACAUGCAUGCUCUAGGGGAGUCUAUUUCUUUUGGGAGAUUUACCAUGGAGUCGUUGGCAUGGGAUAAAUGGUCUGCAUUCCCUCACAAGCGUUAUGUUGAGGAAGCAGAGAGGUAUGCUCAACCAGGUUCUGUUGCUCAGAAAAAAGCUUUCUUUGAAGCUCAUUACAAGAAAGUUGCUGCCCAAAAGGCUGCAGCUUUGCUUGAACAAGAAAAUACCCAACAAGAUACUCUAGCAGUGGAUCCCAAUGUAAAUAGUUCCAUGGAAGGAGUUGCUGAUGUGAAGGAGAAAGAAAAUGCCGCCCCUUUAGCGCGUGUAGGUUCAUUGAAACAACCUCAAGAAACAUUUUCAGGAUCAGAGCUUAGUGAAACAUCCUAUACAGAGAAACCUUUGCUGAAGAGUUCCAGCUCUAAGCAAGAUGAUGACGUUACAUCUGCAACGAGCAAGAAAAAAACAGCUCUCUCUUCAUUUAAAUCAUCAGUUUACUCUAUAAAGUCUAAAAUUCCACCUUCACCAGCUAGGCAUAACAUUUCUGGACUUGUCAAUGAAGAAAACAAUUUCACGCCAAUCACAAAGAAUCCCAAAUCAGCGUUCGCAAAUGAAAAGAAAUCAACCUCGAAAUCUUUGAGCAGAUUGAUGAAUUUCACUCCUGCCAAAGAGACAGAUAAGGUGCCUCCUCCUCCCCCUCCCACAUUCAAGAAGGAAAGCUCAAAGCUCGUUCCCAAUGCCGCGAAGAAGUGUAUAACUCCUCUCAAGACUCCUGCGGAAACUUCAGAUGGUGCAGUCAAACAUCCCAUGACAACCCCAUCUUCUGAAAAUAGAAGGAUGGAAACACCAAUUCAUCCAUCAGCCUCAGGAAGUCAAACAACUGGUCCUAAAUGGAAUAUAUUGUCAUCUGUUUGUUCCAAGUCUUUAACAGCCUGCCGUAACAAACUACAAUCUCCCUCUUUAUCGACUCCUUUUCUACUGAGGACAGAAGAAAGAGCUGCAAGAAGGAAACAAAAACUUGAGGAGAAAUUCAAUGCAAAGGAGGUACAGAAAGUUCAGCUACAAACAAAAAUAAAGGAGAAAGCUGAAAUGGAGCUUAGGAAACUUCGACAAAGCUUUUGUUUCAGAGCUCGUCCCCUGCCUAAGUUCUACAAGGAAAGAGAAACAGCAAGAAAUCACACAAAAAAGACCCCGGUUAAACGUCCUCAGUCACCAAAACUUGGAAGAAAUCCCAGUAACAGCACAAUGCAAGACUUGGCGUCACAUCCGACCUCUACAUAUUCAGCCAAGAGUUCUUCUUACAAGUAUUCAGGAAAGAAGAACUGCCCAAAACCGAUAAAUUCUCAUACAUUGUCAACAGUAAUGUCUCGUGAUCAGAACGCAUCCCCAAAUAUACAACAUCAAUUUGGAGUCUCCCCCAACUGAAUGUUCAUAGAUCUAUAAUGUCUCUCAUUACAUUAAGUUAAAGCUAUGUAUAUGCAAGGAAUUCCUACUUCCCGUUACAUGUUUUAAGAAGAGUUGAACCCUGUAGUCCAGUCUAAGUGUUCGAGUGUGAGCAUUGUUCCAUAUCGUAUCUGCCUUUGUACAUCAUAAAGUAAAAUUUAACAAAGUUUCAGGGUGACACUCAAACCAGAUCAAUUUCAAAAUUAUAUUGCAGUAAGUAGUCUUUGCAAUUUGAAAUCGAAAAACUGCAGUUUUUUCU